CCUCGAGAGUAGAGCAGUGCACAGACUGAACGACACUGAGCACAAGACAGUAGGGGAGUUGAUAGUCGCUAUGAUGUGGCUCGUGAUUUUCUUAGUGUGGUUGGCGAUAUGGGCCGGUGGCACAUACUGGUACCUGUUUGGGAAAAGAAGCCCGUUCUCCCUGGAGUCAGUGAGACCCCCCGGCCCUCGGGAGUUUGAUCAGAAGAAGCGUGACAAAGUCAUCAAACAAGGUUUCAGCAUCGACAAAGUGCCCCAGAACCUGGAUGCCAUUGUCAUUGGGAGUGGUAUUGGUGGGCUGACAGCUGCAGCCACUCUGGCCAAAGCGGGAAAGAAAGUUCUGGUGCUGGAACAACACGACCAAGCAGGAGGCUGCUGCCACACUUACAUAGAGAAAGGCUUUGAGUUUGAUGUUGGGCUUCACUACAUAGGUCAGGUCCAUGAGAACAGUCUGUUGCGUAUUGCCUUUGACCAGAUCUCUGAGGGUCAGCUGGAGUUUCAGGAGCUGAAACAGCACUUUGACACCAUCCAGAUUGGCCUCGGCGAUGAGAAACGAGAGUACACCAUCUUCUCUGGGAAAUAUGAAAUGAAAGCUCACCUGUUGAAGCAAUUCCCAGACGACACAGAGGCCAUCGAGACGUUCUUCAAAAUCAUGAAGAUCUCAGCUAAGAAGACUCACUACCUGGCAACCCUGAAGCUAAUCCCAAAGUGGGUUUCUUUAUUCUUGCUUAAGUCAGGCAUUGCAGACCUCGUCUCUCCAAUUUUCCGUAUCAGUGGUACAAAUGCAACAGAAUAUGUGAACACCCUGACGAGCAACAAGGAUCUCCAUGUCAUCUUUUCAUAUCUUUUCUACGGUGUGCCUCCAAGGGACUCGAGUGUUAUGAUCAAUGCCCUCCUGAUUCAUCACUACAAACGGGGGGCCUUCUACCCCAAAGGUGGAGCCAGUGAGAUCUCCUACCACAUCGUUCGCACCAUUCAGAAAUAUGGUGGAAACUGCCUGGUCAGAGCUCCCGUCACGCAGAUCCUGGUUAAUGAGAAUGGAGCUGCUUAUGGUGUGAAAGUGAAGAAAGGUCAAGAAGAACUGGAGGUUCAUGCACCUGUGGUUGUAUCAAACUGUGGCGUCUUCACCACCUUCCAGAAACUUCUUCCCCCGGAGAUUCGAGUCAAGCCAGAUAUCCAAGCGAGACUGGACAUGAUGAAACAUGGCAGAGGAUCGUUCUUGGUCUUCAGUGGCUUUGAUGGAACCGAUGAAGAAUUGGGACUCGAGUCCACCAACUUCUGGCUGUUCAAAGAUAAUGAUAUGGACAAAUCGAUGGAUGACUUCUUUGCAUUGAGUAAAGAGGAAGCACCGGACAAUAUUCCCAUGAUGUUCAUCACAAUGCCAUCUUCCAAAGACCCAGAAGCCAAACUAAGACACCCUGGCAAAUGCUGCAUGACAAUACUGACGAUGGUGAAAUAUGAAUGGUUUGAGGAAUGGAGCAACACCACAGUGCGCAAAAGGGGUGAUGAUUACUACAACUACAAAAGGAGAUUUGCUGAUAACCUCUUUGCCUGGGCCUGCACUCUAUUCCCUAAAAUCAAAGACAAGUUGGUUUUCCAAGACGUGGCAACCCCACUGAGCAACAUGCACUAUCUUGGAGCCCAGCGUGGCGCCAUGUACUCUGCUGAACACAACCUCGACCGUUUCCAAGCUGAGGCUGUGGCAAGGAACAGAAGUGACACCCCCGUCAAAAACCUCUUCAUCUCAGGCCAAGACGUGUUUAGCUGUGGGAUAGCAGGAGCUCUGCACGGUGGACUCCUCUGCGCCUCUACAGUGUUGGAUCACAUCGUCUACAUUGACUUGCUCUUCCUCAAGAAGAAGCUGAAGAAGAGGAAAGCCAAAGAGCUUGCCCAGCUGGCAAAGAAGAAGCUGCAGUGAGAGGGCUCUCUACUUCCCCUGCAGCACGUUUGUGGAACUACACAAUCUGGAUGCGAAAGGACCCUUGAUUGUUGUGGGAAGCUAAAAAGGGACACACCACCACUAAGUCCCGGAUUUAUUCAAUUUGCAUGCAUCGUAUGUAGUUAGGCCGUAAGUGCACUUUUCUGUUAGUUGCAAGGAACAGAUGUCAUAUCCUGUUUGGGCCCAAUGGGAAAAAAAUAGCACUCUAACAAAUGGCUAGUUUUCAUAUUGAAAACAUCAUCAAUAAGUAAUAUAUGCAUUUUGUUUUCAAAUAAUUUAUGCUUGAGUGCAAAAAUGCAAAUUCAUGUUUAAGGUUAAGUAGUAUAUCUUAAGAAUUGUAAGCAUGUAGUAGGUUUAUUGUUUUUUUCUAUUUGGAUCACCAAAAAGGUUAAUUUGCAUUUUCUGCUUUGCCUUCCCAAUAAAUAAACCAAUAGAAAAGACACACUCAUGUCCAUCCAAAUACCCAAAUCAUAAAACUUUUAAUGUGCUAAAACUGACUUUUUUGAUAAUCUAUACAUGUAACCAGUUCAAGAAACUUUCAUCCCUGCACAAUUUUGAAAAAUGUUAAAUUUGCUAGUUUAAUCAUUGUAAAUAUCUACCAAAUUGGCAUAUAGGUAAAAAUGGCAGUCCUAGAAAUUUGUAUUAUAAAGAAUCUUUUUGCAUGUAGAAACCUUCAUGUUUUGUGUAAAUUAUCCUUAAGUAAAAAUAAUAGCCAAAAAUAAAUUGUUUAUCUAUAAGGAGUAACUAUUAAAAUGUCUAUUAUGGGUC